AUGCAUAAUCAAAAGAAUGACACUACUAAUGAGUGUAAAGAAGUGAGGUUUAUAGAUUUAUGUAACAUAUUUGAAAGAAUAGAAAACACUAAAAGUAGGCUAGAAAUACAAGAAUAUUUAAUGGAGUUUUAUAAGAAAAUAUUAAAAACUAAUCCUAAUGAACUAGCUAAUGUUCUCUACUUGUGUAAUUCUAAAGUAUUUUGUGAUUAUUAUAACUUAGAGAUGGGAGUUGGUGAUUUUAUGAUAAUUCAGUGUGUAAUACAGGCAACAGGAUUAUCAAAAAAGAAAAUUAAAGAAUUACUAAAAAAGACAGGUGAUAUCAGUAAAAUUGCAAUGAAUCACAGAGUUAAUCAAUUAUUUGUAGCCAAAGAAAAAUUGACUGUUAAAAGAGUAAUUGAACAUUUAAGAAAUCUUUGUUUUAUUGAUGGAAAAAAAUCAAGAAAGGAUAAAAUUGAUUUAAUAUUGUCUGAUAUUAAUUUAGCUGACCCAAUAGAAACAAAAUAUAUAAUAAGGUUACUAGAAGGUAAACUCAAAAUUGGAUUAGCAUUGGCUACAAUUCUUAUUGGUUUAGCUCAGGCUAUUGAUGUUGACCCUGAUGUGCUUAAAUCAGCUUAUAAUAAAAAUCCAGAUUUUAAAUCAUUAGUUGAAAUCAUCAUUCAAUUUGGAUCUGAAGGUAUUGAAGGACAAUCUAAAGUUAAGGCUGGUAUUCCAGUUAAGCCUAUGCUUGCUACACCAACUAAACACUCAACAUCUGCUUUUUCUAAAUUUGAAAGCAAUAAGUUAUUAACUGAGUUUAAGUAUGACGGUGAAAGGUUACAAAUUCAUCAUUCAUCAGCUAAAGAUUCACAAACAGACAAAACUGUCUUAUUUAGUAGAAAUUUAGAAGAUAUUACAAUAAAGUAUAAAGAUGUUGCUAAUUUAAAAAUUAACGACAAAUCAUUCAUUAUUGACUGUGAAGUUGUAGCUUUUAAAGAUGAUAAAAUUCAACCUUUUCAACUUUUAUCUACUCGAAAAAGAAAAAAUGUUGAUGUAAUUGAUGUAGAUGUUUGUGUUUUUGUGUUUGAUAUUCUGUAUUAUGACGAUGAAGAAUUAGUUGAUAAACCACUUUAUGAAAGAAGAGAAAUUUUACAAAAGUAUUUUAAUGAAAUACCUGGAAAGUUUAUUUUUACUAAAAGUAUUGAAACUGAUGACAUUGAAAAGGUAGAAGAAUUCUUUAAAACUUCAUUAGAAAAUAAUUGUGAGGGUGUUAUGUUGAAAGACUUAAAUGCCUGUUAUAAACCAUCACAUAGAUCAAAUAAGUGGAUUAAGCUUAAAAAGGACUAUUUGGACAAUUUAGGUGAUUCUUUAGAUUUGGUUGUAAUAGGUGCAUAUUUUGGGAAAGGUAAAAGAACAAAUGUUUAUGGUGGGUUUUUAUUGGGUGUUUAUAACACAGAAAUAAAUAAAUAUGAAGCUUGUUGUAAAAUAGGCACUGGAUUUAGUGAUGAAAAACUUUUAGAUUUUUAUAAAAAGUUAGUAGUAACGGCAGAAUACACAGAUAUUGUUUCUAAUGUCACUCCUGAUGUUUGGAUUAAACCUGAAGUUGUUUGGGAGGUUAAAUCAGCUUCUUUAAGUCUCAGUCCUAUUUAUACACCUGGGAAUAUUAAUGGAAAGGGUAUUUCAUUGAGAUUUCCUAGAUUUAUUAGAGAAAGAAGUGAUAAAAAAAUUGAAGAUUCUACUUCAGUAAAACAACUAAUUAAUUUUUAUAAAGAAAAUAUUUCAGAUAUUAAAUCUGAUGAAGGUGAAGAGUUUAAAAGAAGUAAAGUUGAUGAAACAAAAUUUGAUGAAGAUAGCUUAUUUAAUUAA